AUGAAGUCCGUUUUGCCAAUACUUUUGAUUGGGGGCAUGGUAGGUUUCGCCACGUCGGCUUGCCUUUUCUCCCCAGGCCACUCAUUUCCGAAACCGUACUCCUGCAAAGUGGACACUGGUCGACUGGAUUUCCAAAACGAUGGCAACCUUGUUGUUUACGAUAACUCGGACAACAUCAAAUGGGCUUCCCAUACUUCUGGGACCGGUCAUCUUCUUCAAUUCCAGGCGGACGGGAAUCUCGUAAUUACCGAUUUCCAGAAGAAGGUCAAGUGGUCCUCGGGCUCGAAUGGGAAGGGGAGCAGCAUCGCUUUCCAGGACGAUAGAAACCUCGUAGUUUACGACAAGUUUGGAAACAGAGUUUGGGCUACAGAGACUAAUCAGUAA